AUGCCCCCCAAGCCCAAACCCAUCACCCCAACCAACAACUCCGGCAUCCACCAACUAAGCAACGGCUCCUCCAUCAUCCCCUCCUCUCUGCGCCCGGACGGCUCUCUCCGCAAAGAAAUCAAAGUCCGACCCGGCUACAAACCGGCCGAAGACGUGGAAGUCUACAAGAAUCGCACAGCGGAGGGGUUUCGGAAUAGAGGGAAAGGUGCCGGGGUGCCGGGCGCGAACGAUGUGGUAGGUGCGGAGGAGAAGUUGGCGCCGCAUAAGGCAGCUGCGGCUGCAGGCAAGAAUGCUAAGAGGAGGGAGGCGAGGAGGAAAGCUGCUGCUUCGGAUGGGAAGGAGGACGGUGCUGGGGAGGAUGAGGGUGUGAAGACAAAUGGAAACGGGUACAUUAAAUCCAAGGAGGAGUCCGAGGGGCUAGCACAGCAAGACGAUCUCGAUCCCGAAGUCGAAGCAGCGAAGGAAGCGAGAAAACUAGCCAAGAAGUUACGCCAGGCGAGGGAGCUGAAGGAGAAGAAGGAGCAAGGUGGGGAUUUGUUGCCGGAGCAGUUUGCCAAGGUUAUUAAGAUUCAGGAACUCAUUAGGCAGUUGGAGGGGUUGGGGUUUGAUGGGGAGGGGGAGCGGAAGGUGGAGAAGGGGGAGAAGGGUGACGGGGUGGAGGGUGAGGCCAAAUCUGCGGGUGGGUGA